AUGGCAGCAGAAGAAGAAGGAGAGCAAGGCGCUCCCAACCAGACAACGACACCAACGAAGAAAGACUGGCGCUUUUGGGCUAUUUUUCCAGCUCUUUGUAUGACUACGUUUCUCUCGUCGCUCGAUACCUCCAUUCUCUCGACGGCACUUCCGACCAUCUCGAAGGAGCUACACUCUGGAACGCUCUAUAUAUGGAUUACAAACUCGUAUCUAUUCUCGUCAACGGUCGUUCAACCUCUUUUCGGUCAGAUGUCCAACAUCUUUGGUCGCAGAUGGCUUAUGAUUCUUUCUGUAGUCUGGUUCGCUCUUGGGAGUGGGCUGGCAGGAGGCGCCAACGGAAACACCUUGAUCAUCAUCGGUCGAACUGUCCAAGGAAUCGGUGGUGGAGGCAUCAACACGCUCAUCGAUAUCGUCAUAUCUGACUUGGUACCCAUGCGUGAGCGAGGCAAGUACGUUGCGCUGAUGGCAGCCAUUUGGGCUGUUGGCACAGUCGUGGGACCCGUACUGGGCGGUGCGUUGGCACAACAUGCCUCGUGGAGAUGGAUUUUCUACAUCAACCUCCCUCUAUCGGCGAUAUCCCUUGUCCUCCUCUACUUCUUCUUGAAGGUAUCCUAUCCGCGCGGUGACGACCUUCUCAAGCGGCUUUCCCGGGUAGAUUUCGUUGGCAAUAGCAUUCUUGUCGCCGCCGUUGUCUCCAUCCUCCUGGCUUUAACCUGGGCCGGCUCGAUCUAUCCGUGGUCGUCCUGGAGAAUCAUUCUGCCACUUACCCUUGGAUUCCUAGGGAUGAUCGCUUUCUACGCACACCAAAUGUCGCGUUUCUGCCUUGAACCGUCAAUUCCCCUGCGUUUGUUCCCCAAUCCAACGUCUUUAUGCGCUUUGAUACUCGGGUUCCUUUUGUCAAUUCUAGUUUAUUGGGUCGGCUACUUCCUGCCGAUUUAUUUUCAAGCCGUGCUGGGCACCUCCGCCACCAAAUCAGGUCUCUAUGUUCUUCCAAUCACUGGUGCCAUCACGCCAUUCGGUAUCGUGGCUGGUAUCUUGAUUGCAAAAACGGGUAAAUACCGGGCACUCCAUUUUAUCGGGUUCGGCCUCAUGUCGCUAGCAGUGGGGCUUUUCUCCCUUCUCGACAGCCAUUCAACAACAGGUCUUUGGGUAGGCCUCCAAAUACUCUUCGGGGCUGGAGCAGGGCUCAUUUUCUCGAGUACACUACCCCCUAUCCAAGCAUCCGUUGGCGAGGCCGAUAUGGCCACUGCUACCGCGACCUGGGCCUUUAUGCGCAGUUUUGGCUCCGUAUGGGGCAUAGCGAUCCCAACUGCCAUUUUCAACGAUAAGAUAGAAUCGCUACUGUUUAGAAUCAGCGACCCGUCCCUACGCCAGCAGCUGUCUAGCGGCGGCGCCUAUGCUCUAGCAAGUGCUGGCCUGUCGACAAUGUUGGGCUCCAACCCGAAGUUAUUGGCUGAAGUGAUUGGAGUUUACGUGGAUUGCUUGCGUUUUACCUGGCUUCUGGCCAUCCCUUUUGGUGUUGUUGGUUUCUUGCUGUGCUUUCCAAUCCGUCAAUUAGAGCUCUCUACGCAUUUGGAGACAGAGUUUGGUUUGCAACAAGCGGCUUCGGAAGAAAGAAGAGAUUCUGCGUCUUGA